AUGGACACACGCUCACGUUCAGUUCGCCUUAAUAAUAAGAAGAAGGCUGGCGUGACAGAGUCACCCUCGCCACCAGCUGCUGCCUCAACAACAACAUCCACACAUACUUCUCCAAAUGCCACCAAUUUCGUGGCAACUGCUGCAACUCCAUCAGUAGACAACACCGUUGAUGUUGAGAUGGACACCGACAACACACAUGCCAACGCUACAACUACUACGACCGCGACCACAAAUACUACCAAUACAAACAAGAGGAAUCGCAGGGGUGUGAAGUUGUCAGAGCAGCAACAGCCAUCAGAGAGCGAUGGAGAUACAGGAGCGAUUGGUUCACAACAAUCUGAGGAGGACAACAAUGUCAGCGGAGACUCGACGAUCGAGCCAGACACCGCCUCGGCUACGACCACCGGCGACCAACAGUUAGACGAGCAGCUCAGUCCAAGACAGGCGGCAGCGGAUGCCAAACGUGGAGGAAGAGCAGGAAGACGUGGAAGACAGAAGCCUCCUCCACCUCCACAGCAGAAGAAGAAGGAUAACAAUACAGAGACAACUGAACAGGUGGAGCAGACAAAGGAGGAUAAUACCGAGCAGAAUGCAGAGGCAUCAGAGUCGAUGGAGACAGUAGAACAAAUAGGUGCCGAGGAGAGAAAGGAGCAGGAGCAGGAUCAAGUUCCACAUGAUUUGGAGUCGCCACAACUCAAGAGACAGCCUAAGAAGCCAAGAAAGUAUAUGGACGAGGAUGGUGAUAUAGGCGAGCCCAGACAUCCAAAGAUGGCCAGUCGAAAGAAGGCUGCCCAAGAGGCUCAAGCACAACAGGCUGCGCAACAACAACAGCAACAAGAGGAAGAAGGGGAUCAGACACCCGCCACCACAUCCACUACAACGACAACGACGACGACUACGACGUCGACAGCACCAGCAACAACAGCAGCGGCAGAGUCCACAACCACGACCACGGAACAACCAAUAAUUGGAGGAAAUGAGGAUGAAGAGAUGACUGAGCAGUCCGAGGAUAAAGAGAACAAGUUGUUCAAGAAGAGUCUGUCAUACAGCCUGGAGGUCAGGCCAUGUUGGUACGCCGGUUGCACCAAGGCCGAUCGCUCCCUCAAGCUCCUGCGUCCACUACUCUUCCCAACAUGCAAGACCCAUGCCAUCCGGUCCGAGAGCAAGCUAUACGAAGCACUUGGUAAAGGAUUCUUCAUCGAGGAGAAGGGCAACAAGGACACUGUAUGUGGCAUCUGUGGUGAGGCCAAGUCAUUGAAUCAUUGCGCCAAUGAAGAUUGUGCCUUUGGCUUCUGUGAUAGCUGCACAGAACUGUUGGUUCAGAAGUAUGGCAACAAGCCAGGACAGCCAAAGUGGGUGUGCUGGGUAUGCCUGUCGUCCAAGAACCGUGGCAAGCUUCGUGAGCGCACGAGAUGGGUCCAAGAGAUGAUCGCCCAGCCAAUGGAGUCGCUGCCGCCACGCAAGACGCGCGGACCCAAGGCCAGCCAUUCGGCCAUGGCACCCACACAGACCGUCUCUCAGAUGCUGCAACAACAGCAGUUACAGUUGCAAGGCACACAGGCCCCGAUGGUCGAGGACCCCGCUAUGUACGGCCCGGGCAAGAGAAAGAAGAAACAGACUGGCGGCGACUCGGAACAGAUGGUGCUGCGCAGUGGACGCAAGCGUGGACAGGCUGGCGACUCGGCCACAUCGGGCGGCGACUCAGACUCACAGGACGCUUUCCAGUACCACUCGAUCCUGUCACCUGAGCGCGACCCAGAGACCUCUGUGGACUUCUUCAUCGACCAGAGCUUCAGCUCGAUCAAGUUCUUCAACUCACUGAUCACCAACCCAAGCGCAGAGACAGCCGAGCAGUUCAAUGGCCUCGUGGCGACGAUCAGCCGUCUGCGCACUAUCCGUUGGUCGAACGACUACUCCAUGGUGUGGCGUGAGAUCGAGGAGCUGGGCCUGAUGUUCAAGCGCAACCUGGCCUCUGCUCAGACUCUCCUACAGAUGCAGCAGGAGCUCAAGCGCAUGGACGACAAUGCCAUCGUUGCGCCCUCCAACGACGACACACGCAACGUUCCAAUACAGCGCGCCAUCGAGCAGGUCUUUGAGCACCAUCAAAUGUCGACAAUGAUCGAGAAGCUCUGCACGGCCGCACGCAACGUGCUGGUCAUCGCCAUCGACACGGCGCACAAGACCAUUGAGGAGAUACACCACAACUUUGAGGUGGACGUCGAGCGCGACAAGCACAACGAGGUGAUCGUGUCGCACGAGCUGAACGCGAUGGAUGACAAGCUCAAGAAGACAGCCGGCGAGCUGCAGCAACUCAAGCAGCAAGAGGACCAGCUGGUCGAGGAGAUCUCCAAGGUGCGCAGCGCGCUCUCCAACUUUGACGCGGUGCGCGACUCCAUCACCAAGCGCAGCAACGACCUGCGUAUCGAGGCGCUGCUCUCCAAGAACACAGUGGCCGAGCGCACGAUGGACAUCAACAGUCGACAGAGCUCAAUCGAGAGCGAGAUUGGCGCAUUCAACGCCAUGAUCUCGUUGAUCGAGGGCGUCUACUGGGGCCACGAGUACUUCUACUCGACAGAGAUUGGCGAGUGCGAGAAGAGGAUCAGCGACAAACUGCUUGAAGUCAAUCAGCGCAUCGACCUCCACAACAACGAUAUCCCACUGGCCUUUGCCUUGGACGCCCCCGCAUCUCUGUUACAUGGUGGCGAGAUUGAGAACAACAACAACAACAACAACACUGUCUCGACUACAACAACAACAACGACGACAACUCUGGACAAACCACCACAACCAGCAACAGCAUCAUAUAAGACACUGUUCAUAUAUCAUACUUCGUGCAUGGAGCACAUUGUUCCGGGCUUCCAUCUUGAGAAGCCGGACCGCAUUCGAGUUGCCAUCGACACGAUCACCGACUUUAAGAACAGGUAUCCAGAGGUGGUCGAGAUCUACAGCACACCACCCGAGGUCGACAUGCGUUAUGUGAUGGCCGUGCACGACGCACACUACAUCAAGAAGCUCGAGACCCAGCUGCCGUCCGAGAACUCCACCUACGAGACACAUCUCGAGUCGGACCAGACGGGCGCGAUGAUCGCCGUCUCUCAGAAGCAGGACGACGAAGGAGAGAUCUACGACACUUUCCUCAGUCACCGCUCAAUGAAGGCCGCCCUCCGCGCAUCGGGUGCCGUGUGCGCUGCAGUCGACGCCGUCACCAAGCUCGGCUACCACCACACAUUCUGCGCAAUCCGUCCUCCCGGCCAUCAUGCCGGCCGCUUUGGCCGCACAAGCGACGCUCCCUCCCAAGGCUACUGCCUGAUCAACAACGUGGCCAUUGGCGCCAAGUAUGCCUCACUGACGUCGGGCUACUCCCGUAUUGCCGUCGUCGACUUUGACGUGCAUCACGGCAACGGCACACAAGAGAUUCUGAGCGGUGACGACAACUUCCUAUUCAUAUCGAUCCACGUGUGCGACGAGAAGCGCUACUUCUACCCGGGUACGGGCAGAGAUGUUGGUGACCUCCGCGACGACGGCACCUACGAUGGCAACGUGCUCAACGUUGGCCUCAAGAUCAACAGUGGCUCAGCGACAUUCCUGCAGGCAUUCACCAAGAAGAUCAUCCCGCGUCUCGAGGCCUACAGGCCACAGCUGAUCUUUAUCAGUGCUGGAUUUGACGGCCACAAGGACGACCCAACCAACGGACUGAAGCUUGGCGAGGAGGACUACUACACAGUGACCAACAUGAUCAAGGCUGUGGCGGCCAAGCACUCACGUGGACGUGUCAUCUCGGUGCUCGAGGGAGGCUAUGGUAUUGAGAAGGGUAAUUCCCUGCAGAGAUGUCUGAACUCACAUCUUCGCGCCUUGGUCGAGGAUCCAAGCAGCAGCGAGCCGAUCUACACACAGGCAGGCGAUCUGGUUGUUGGUAGCAAGAUGUCCAAGACCUCCAAUGGCAAGGAACUGGGCAAGCAGGGCAUGGAUACUCCAGACAGUGGUGCACUCUCUCCAAGGGAUGAUAUUGCUUUGGACUUGGAUACAUUUGUUGCUCAACAAAAGGAGCAGGAUCAGGAUCAAGAUGAUCAAGACAUUGACAGUGCCACUCCAACAGCAGCAGCAGAACCAACAACAACAAUAUCAACAUCAUCUACUUCAUCAUCAUCAAACAAUGAUCAACAACCAGGACAGGAUACAAACAACAACAAUGAUCCACUGGAAACAACAUCAAAACCAUCAACGACAACAACAAGUACAACGACAACUGUAAAUAUAGUAAAUCAUAAAGAAGAUGAUGAAGAUGCCACCGAUGCAACAACGAAGACAGCAAUGCAAGGCACUCAAGACCAGACCAUCACCAAGACCACAGUCAAUGACGAAGUCACUGACAAUGGAAUGUAA